UGUGUGUGUGUGUGUGUGUGAGGCAGCGCUCAGAAGCGGAUCAGGAUGGCGGAGUGAGGGAUGAGAGGAUGAGACUGCCCAGCUCCGUCCUGGUGUCGGUGUCUCUGUUUACAGCCGAAACGACGGCAGCGCUGUACCUGAGCACCACGUACCGCUCGGCUGGAGAUAAGAUCUGGCAGGGCUUCACGCUGCUCUUCACGCUGGUGCCGUGCGUGUUGGUGCAGCUCACCCUCAUCUUCAUCCACCGAGACCUGAGCAGAGACAGGCCGCUCAUCCUGCUGCUGCACCUUCUGCAGCUUGGACCUGUCAUCAGGUGUUUGGAUGCCUUUUGUAUCUAUGGAAGCUCGGGGAAGGUGGAGGAGCCGUAUGUCACCAUCACUAGGAAGAAACAAAUGCCUCGGUGUGGCCAGGCCGAGGAGGUGGAACAUGAAGUUGGGCAGGCUGAAGGCAAGUUGGUUGCUCACCGAGCAGCCUUCGCCCGAACCUCUGUCAUUCAGGCCUUCCUGGGCUCUGCCCCCCAGCUCACACUGCAGCUCUACAUCUGCGUGCUGCAGAGGGAUGUUUCCAUUGGGAGAGGCACCCUGAUGGUCAUCUCUCUGCUCUCUAUCGUGUAUGGGGCACUGCGCUGCAACAUCCUGGCCAUCAAGAUCCGUUACGAUGACUACGCGGUGUCAGUGCGUCCUGCGGCGUACGUGUGCGUGUUGCUGUGGCGCAGCUUUGAGAUUGCAACACGCGUUGCUGUGCUUGUGCUUUUCGGCUCCGUGCUGAAAGCCUGGCUGCUGCCUGUAGUCAUGCUCAGCUUCUUCGCCUUCUUCCUGCACCCAUGGGCGGCAUUCUGGCGGAGCGGCUCACCCUUCCCCGAGAGCAUCGAGAAGACACUGACGCGCGUGGGCACGGCCACUGCACUGGCCAUGCUCACUUUUCUGUACGCCGGCAUCAACGUUUUCUGCUGGUCGGCCGUGCAGCUCAAGCUUGACGACCCCGACCUGAUUGACAAAAAUUACGGCUGGAGGCGAGCAACUGCUUACUAUUCUAUACGCUUCGUUGAAAACAUAGCACUCACAUCUCUCUGGUUCACCCACCGCACUGAAUUUUAUCGACAAGUAGACGCACCAGUGCUUGAGCUGCUGCUGCUGCUUAGCUAUGCCCUUGCUGUGUUCUUCAUGCUCCUCUUCUACCAGUGCUGCCACCCCUGCAGGCACCUGUUCUCCUCCAGCCCAGUGCAGGGACUGUGGGAGUGCUGUGGCUCACUACGGAUGCCGGCUGUGUCAUGUUCCCAGCCUGGAUGCACGCAGGAAAAAGUCUCAUUAGAGAACCCUGAUCAAGCCAAAGAUGUGGACCAUGAACAAAUUUCCACUACCAAUGGAGACAUCAACCAGUGUCUGUGCUGAGUCUCUACUGAGGUGAAGAGCCGCAGUACAGAUGGAGAAAUGGAGUAGGUGGCAAAUCACUUGGACACCCUGUGCAAGCAAAUGCUUUAGUUGAGAAUUAGUGUGAAAUGUUGUGAUUCAGGCAAAAACUGAGACAAAUGGAGGUGUCAGACUGAGCCUAUAAUGAAACUUUCCUGAGCUGAUAUCUUUUUUUUUUUCUUUUUUUAAGUGCCCCUUAUGGACCAGAAGCUUGUUUAGCCAAGGAAGUUAAUGUAUGUUCUGUGGAUUGUGUUAAAAGUCUUCCUAAGACUUUAGUUUGUUUUUGUGUGUGUCUCCGUUGGAUUUUGAGACAAACCAGUCAGCAUGAUUGUGGCUUGGGUUGUUUACGUGCUGUUGCUGAAUGCAUGUGCUGUUUAACUUUAACAAAAUGAGAAUGCUGCUUUUGUCAUGUAAGCUGCUGUCUGCUUGUCUCUGUCUCUCUCUACUUCUCUUUCUCUUUCUCUAUCCAUACCUCCCUAAUUUACCAUAAUUAUAAAGUGUACUGUCUCUUUAAAAGUUGAAUAUUUAUUUAUUUAAAAUACAGUCUUAUAAAUGUUACAAUAAAUAAUGAAAGCACCACUGAACACAUUUAGAGCACAUUUAGUACAACAAUUUAGAAGAAAAUGAAAUCUUUCUUGUUUUAAAAAUGGCAUGUACCACCGUGAGCAGUGGUGGCAAGUGGCACUAUUAAGUUUUUUUGUUUUUUUUUUAGUUUCUCCAAACUAAAAUCCCUUCCAAAUCUAGAAAAUAUUCUUAUAAGAGUAUAAGUAUAAAUGACUCAUGAAAACAACAGUUACAUUUCAUGUACGUUUAUUCAUUUGACAAAUAAGUACAUUGCAAGUGACUUACAAUUGAGAGCGAAUACAAUCCAAGCAGUUAAGGAUCUCCUCAUUGCCACAAUUUUAAUACAUUAUUAAUACAUUAUUUCCAAUUCUUCAGUUAUAAUGUUUUGCAUUAACUUUUCCUUUUUCUUGGCUUUAACAAUACAGGCUGCAUUUAACUAUGAUUUCACAUUUUAUGUAAAACAAAAUGAUACAUGCAUAUUAAAGUUUAAAUGCUUACGAUGGCAUUAGUUAUGCUAUAAUCAUAUCAAAAUGCCAUUUGGUGUCCUUGAUAUUUUGUUGGUCCCCUGUAUUGUGAAGAGUUUGUUUUAUUUACAAGCUUCUCAGGUUUAUUCCUUGACUAUGUUGUUUUACAUAUUUAUUGAUCAUUAACAGCUUAUUGAUCUUUUACCAGCAUCCAACUCCAAUGAGACUUUUUAUUCACUAAUUCAGAAGGAUAUUUAAUGACAUCUGUGAUGGUAUGUUUCUACCAUGUAGGUUAUAAUUAUAAAGCCAAAAAUAAGGUAAGAAAGGUUUUUGGGAAGAUUUUUUUGAAAGGUCUGUGUGUUCUAUUUCUUUAAAAAAAGAAUGAUUUACUGUUAUUUAAAUAUUUAAUUAUUCACACUUAUAGUUUGCACUGCUUUACAAAUGGGACCACACAAUAAAAGUUUGCUAAAGGAAAGUAAAUGGUGUUACGUGGGCAUGAUGAUUGUAUUUAAGCCUUUGGUGCCCUCUGGUGUUUGGGUAAAUGAACGCACUCUUACAGAUGGAUAAAGUCAUUUUAAAAUGUGACCUACAAAUGAUUGCUUGUUACAGCUUUCUUCUGUAAGUGGAGUCUGAGAAAAUAAGAAUAAAAAUGUUAAG